ACACACACACACACACACAAUCACACACUCUCACUCCCUCUUCAAUGUAUCGGACUGAGGCAUUUCUGCUGCUCUGGGCUGGACAGGCCUCGCUGGAUUAGCGCCACUGCUGUAAUCUGGGACACUGCAGAUUACAUCGCUUUUCAUCUGCGACCCACCCCACCACCCACGUGUCAUGUGACCCGCUCUCACUAAUGGAACCUUUUCAUUUGUUGUCCUCCUCCAUUCAAUUGUAUGACAAGAGGCUGGGAGAGUGAGAGAGCGUGACUGAAAAGAGAUAUGCACCCAGGAGUGUGACUGGGAGCAGGUGAUUGCCACGUUGUAGAGCUAACAGUGAAUAUUGCUACUGCUGUUGCUACUGGUCGAUAGAGAUGGACUGGUACAGAUUGGUACCGUGAAGGGCAACUCGAUUGUUCCGAUCCAACCUUUGGGAUUACAGCGGAGAGGAGAGGCGGUUCAUGUGUGUGUGUGUGUUUGUGUGUGUGUGUGUAUGUGUUACAACCAUUGGAGUGUUUGUGUUUGAGAGCGUGUGCGUAACAGCAGGAGCUGGCGGCAUUAGGUAACUCAUUCACACCCGGAAAAGGAGAGAAAACUCUCACAUGCGUCUUGGCCUGGGCUUUUAUGGAGUAUCCUACUGCUGUGUAGGCGGACGCACAGAAGGAGGCUCGGAGGACUGCAGAAACCCACACAGACAUGCUCACACACACCGAUCGAAACACCUUUUAACGCACGUGACACGUUUGGCUUCACUAAGAAACACACAACGUCUUAACAUUCUAGUCCUACACAUAACACAAUCAAAUGCGCACACAUACAAGCGCGCACACGCAUGCAACCACUCACUAGUGACUGCUCUCAGGCACUGUCACAUGAGGGCACUUAGCGCGGUAGCUUUCUCUGCGGCGCAAGGAGCGGCAGCGGGGGUGGGUAGGUAGCGGUCCGAGGAGCUACAGCCGUGUCUCUCCAGCGCACGUCUCUGUACCUGGGGAGCGGAGGGCACAUGGAGCCCCUGGAGGACUACCACUCCCCGUUCAACUUUGAGCAGGGCGUCAACGCCAGCUACAUGUACCUGUCUCCUGAGUAUGGAGACACGCCGCCCGGCUCCCCGGCCAGCCGCACCAGAGGUCAGCAGAUGCUCUCGGACCCCCAGCCAGAGGUGGGCGAGGACGCCGUCUCCUCCAUGGGCCCCGCCCCCCCCGCCCUGGUCCCCAGCCUGUCCCCGGAGGAGCAAGAGGCGCUCCAAGGAGAGCUGGCCAAGGUGGAGGACGAGAUCCUGACUCUGUCCCAGGUCCUGACGGCUAAAGAGAAGGAGCUGGCGGAGAUCAAGAAGAAGCUGGGCAUCACGCCUCUCAACGAGCUCAAGCAGAACUUCUCGCGGAGCUGGCAGGAAGUCACCACCUCCAACGCCUACCGACGGACGUCCGAGUCCUUCUCGCUGGCCGGUCUGAAGGCCUCCGCUGCCCUCUCCACCGUGGGCUCCGCCAUCAGCCGCAAGCUGGAGGACGUCAAUAUUCGCUCUUUACAGCAUUCAGCUAGCAUGCCUGUGAUGAGGAACAAGCCCACCUUCAGGUCUUUUGAAGAGAAAGUGGGCACUCUUAAGACCAAGAUGAGUCCGUCCGGGACCCUCAGUAACCAUGACAACCAGGAUGGCAGCGCUGGUUUGGACCCUGAGCCUUUGUUCAGCCAACCCAACGAACUGCCAAACCAGGAACCGCCCACCCACUGACACACACACACACACACACACACUGACACACACACACAAACACACACACACACACACACACACACUCCACGCCUCUUGACCUCUGACCUUCAAACCCCCGCCUCAUAUAAUCUGUUCUGGCCCCAUGCCCGUGUCCUUUUGUGUGUCGAGACCCCUGCUUGUAAUUGGAAACAAGUGACUUUUCUCUCCUCCAUGUUUCUGUGGUGACUUAAUGUUCUUCUUUCCUGUCUGAAGCGUGCGCUUGUUACUUAACCGACAUGGGAUUGAAGGCACGUGCUUGAUGGUGGGUUAGGUUUGUCGGGGGGGUGGGGGGGGUAUGCGCUCUCAAGCCAAUCGUAUGUAUUACACUUCAGAUUGAAGGCUAGCACACGCCCACUUUUGCAGAAUAUGUUGAGAAUAAAGAUCUGAGUUGUUGCCUGAAUGGCUUCCUCUUUUUAUUCUCUUUCUCUUCCCUUUCCCUCUACAUAACUCCUGCAUUGGCUCAAGUAACCAGCUAAUGAAACAUAAAGCCCAACAUGACAUUGUUGUUCAAUGGCCACAACAUUGGCUGAAUUGCAUUUGUUACAUUUUCAUGUUUUGGAUACAAUUGUCUACAUUUUAGGAGUUAAAAUAAUUAUUUUCUUCCAUGAAAACUUUGCAGCUUUGGACCUACCCAAUAAAUAAUGAAACGCCCGCCCCCCUCAAAGGUGUUUAAUGAAAGUGAUGUCUUUUUGAAAUCGCAAGUGUUUUUCUUCCCCAAAUAACGCAUAAACCGAAAUUCGGUUUAUGUGUGAAGUAUCAUAUACAUCACAACUCAAAAUGUUCACUGUUGAUUGAGUGAACACGUUUUAAAACCUAAUGAACGGUGCUGUAGGUGGUAUUCCCAAAGGUGAGAGGGGAUAAAUCCAGGUUCUGGGAGUGGGACCCCUGUUGUUUUGUCAAGUAUUCAAGGCGAGUAUUUGUCACCUUUUCCAGUGGUUUCUGAAGUCCUGAAGCACAUGUCUGGGCAGGCACAUGUGCUGAAACUAUCCCCCCCCUGCCACGCCGCCCGUGGGCGCCUGGGACUCUGAUUAUCGUAAUAAUAGGACAUUAUCCGAAAUGAUGUGCGCAAAUGAGUCCCACGACCGACUAUGCAUGCAUUCCGAUCACUGGAGGAGUCUUCACCGCUGCUGAAAACAGAACACACGACACCAAAAGGUUGGCUGUAGGUACCACUGAUGUCACGUUUCUCAUUCAAAAACCAAAAAAAACGGGGCCCUGAAAAAAGGAACAUUUGGAUUACAUUCACUUCGACUCGUGGUCAUCCAGAGAUGUGACUUAAAUGUUUCACACCGAGAGUCCGUCCUGCACAGAUCUGUAUACCAAAAUCAGUGACAUUGACUUCCCAGCGUUUCAGGGCCUGCCCAGAGUUCCUCCCGUGUACGGGGCCGUUCGCAGCACCGGGGGCCCCACCACAAACCCUGCCGAGGUUGCUGUCAAAUGAUUAUUUGCUGUUUGCCAACUAAAUCGAAUAAAACCGUUAAAAUUAAA